AUGGCUCCGUGUUCUCGCAAAAGUCUUCUAGAGGAAGAAGAGUCAGACGAGGCAGAAGAUGCCGAUGAUACAGAGGAUGCAGAUGAUACCGAUGAAACCGAGGAGGCAGAAGAAACAGACUUCACCGAAGAGACGGUCUUCACCGAAGAGACGGUCUUCACCGACGGCAGCGAUUGGACGGAAGGCUCAGACUUGCUAGACAUCUUGGUAGAAGAGGACUUGAGAGAACUAGCAGAUGCAGAUUUGAUCGUAGCUGUAGCAACUGGUACCGCGACAGUAACAGGCGCAAACGAAGAGCUAGCAACAGGUACAGUUGUUUGCAAGCGGCGGGUAUCUCGAGGUUUCUUGGCCAAGAUGGUGCGUGGUGCGGCAACAGCAAGGAUGAAUGCGAGGAUGAGGGCGAAUUUGUUCAUUUUGGUACUGAUGAUGGCCGAAUGCUUAAUGAGCUUCCGGUUGAUAUAA